AUGGUACAGUUUCAUCGGGGUCGCACGAGGAUGGGCACACUUCAACAGUUUUCCCCACGUGGCAAUCCCUCGGUUUCCGACGGUAGCACAUUGCAAAUUCCCUCCAACCAGCUUCCCCUUCAAAAUGGAAACACGAAUGGCGUUGUUCAUGCCAGCGAGCCGGCAAAUUGGGCCGAGGACAGAGCUGGCGUCGGUAGUUGCAGCGUAAAGACCGACAGUCUUGGAAGUGGCAGCCGCGUUGCGAUGACUUCUGGCGGUGGUAGUGUUGGUGUUGGAGGUGCGGGCGGUGAUGCCGGUGCCGGUGGUGGUGGUGCUGCAACCUCUGGUCGAGGUAGUAGAAUCGCCGGUGGCAGCAGUUGUGAUGGGUACGAGGCGAUAGGAGAGGUUCAGGCACCUGUGACCUCUUGGACGGCACUUCGGCGGGAGUAG